AUGCAGUGUUUUCUCUUUCAAUAUUGCCAAACAGGUCUGGCUCAGUGUGCUGAACUCUGCGGGCAGCUGAGAGGGGAAGCCGGAAAAAGGCAAGUUCCCGGUGCAAAGAUUGCUCUGCGGCAUAAUACUGGCAUUGGAGGAGUUGCCGUUCUCACGCUGUACAAGAUGGGCUUUCCUGAAGCUGCCAGUGUCUGUUAUAGCUUCCUUGUAAUUCUGGAAGGAGAGCAGUUUGUGAAGAAAAUUGGUGGUAUUUUUGCCUUCAAGGUGAAGGAUGGCCCUGGGGGUAAAGAAGCCUCCUGGGUGGUGGACGUGAAGAACGGCAAAGGAUCAGUGCUGCCUAACUCAGGCCUUCUUUCAAGGCAAAUUGAAAAUCACUGGCAGUGUGGCUCAUCAGUAAAGAAUUCAUCAGCCAAUGCCAGAGCUGCAGGAGAUGCGGGUCCGAUCCCUGGGCCAGGAAGAUCCACUGGAAGAGGAAAUGGCAACCCACUCCAGUAUUCUUGCCUGAAGAAUCCCAUAGACAGAGGAGCCUGGUGGGCUACAGUCCAUGGGGUCUCAAAGACUCAUACAUGA